AUGGCUACAGCAUCAAGCCCUUAUGAAGACCUUCGCUUGACUAGUGAGAAAGAAAAUUUUCAACGUGUCGCGCGCCUUUUAAUAUGUGGUGGUAGCGCACCGUUGAGAGAUGUUUUUGACAGCAGAUGUCCACCAGCUUCUCUUCCAACAAUAUUAAAAAAUCAUGUUACAGUCAAGGACCUCAAAAAAGCAAAGCUCACUAAGCCACAGUGGGAUUGUCCCUACCCCUCCCCACGGGUGUACGGCGAGUCAAAAGAGUUUGAUAUCACUCUCCUCUUUAAAUUACUGAGAUCGAUAUGCAGCCUCACCCCUCCUGCUACAGGCUGGGAUGCUCCACCGGCAAGUACAGACCACUGUUUAGAGGCAGAUUUAACAAGAGUUAAGUAUUAUCGUAACUCGGUGUACGGUCAAGUGAACCAAAAUAUGGAGAUAAAGGAUGACUCUCAGUUUUUAUUCCUGUGGCGUGAAAUCAGUGAAACCCUCGUGAGAAUUGCAGGCCAAAUCCAUCCUUCAAAGAAGCAUGACUGGCAGGUAGCCAUUAAUAAAUUUCUAAAGGAUCCCCUCACAACAGAGGAUGAAAGAUAUGUACAGGAACUGCUCGACUGGUAUAGACGGGAUCUGGAAGUAAAGAAAUAUGUAGAAGAAUUACAAGAAACCACUCUUCAUAUAACUGAGCAGCUACAAAGAGUGGCUGAAGGGGAGACGCCAGUGAAUCAGGCCAUCAAAGAAAAAUGGAAAACCUUAGGAAAGCAGUUGGGAACAUGA